CGGCUUCCGGGGCCGCGCGGGAGCAGGAGGCACCCCCCUCGGCUGGAUCCUCUGGGCGCGGUCCCCAGCCCCGAACGCGGCUCCGCCCCAGGCGCGCCCAGCCCGGCUCCCCGGCCGCCCCGUGCCACCGGCCCGGACCCUGAGCUCGCCGCGCCCCGCCCCGCCCCAGUCUCGCGCCCCACUCCUCGGCCAUUAGGUGCUGGCCAGCCUGCGUUCCCAGGCCAGCAGCAGUGCAGCUCGGGAAGGACUCUUAGAAGCCCCAGAACUUGAACUAUAAACCCUGAGUCAAUAGGGUUUAGACAGCCUCACCAUGUGUGGGGGACUGAUUGAGAGGUAUGUGGCUGCCAUGGUGCUGAGUGCAGCAGGAGAUGCCUUGGGGUACUUCAACGGGAAGUGGGAGUUCCUCAGGAGUGGGGAGAAGAUUCACCAGCAGCUGGCCCAGCUUGGUGGCCUGGACGCCAUAGACGUGCAGAGGUGGAGAGUCAGCGAUGACACCGUGAUGCACCUGGCCACAGCCGACGCUCUUGUGGAAGCUGGAAAAAUCUCAGACUUGGGUCGACUGUAUCCCCUUCUUGCUAAGCAUUACCAAGACUGCAUGGAAGACAUGGAUGGCCGGGCACCAGGGGGUGCCUCCGUGCAGAACGCCAUGCUGUUGGAGCCGGACAAAGACAACGGCUGGAGGAUUCCCUUUAACAACCACGAGGGAGGCUGUGGGGCUGCUAUGCGAGCCAUGUGCAUCGGUCUCAGGUUCCCUCACCCCAGCCAGCUGGACACACUGAUCCAGGUGAGCAUCGAGAGCGGCCGAAUGACCCACCACCACCCCACCGGCUACCUGGGCGCCCUUGUGUCUGCUCUUUUUACAGCCUAUGCUGUGAAUGGCAAGCCUCCCUGGCAAUGGGGGAAAGGACUGAUGGAGGUGCUACCAGAAGCUAAAAAGCACAUUGUCCAAGCAGGCUACUUUGUGGAGAAGAAUCUUGAGCACUGGUCCUACUUCCAAGACCAGUGGGAAAAGUACCUAAAACUUAGAGGGAUUUUGGAUGGCACAUCAGCCCCUACCUUCCCCAAGCCUUACGGUGUGAAGGAGAGGGAUCAGUUCUACACCUCUGUGAGCUACUCUGGCUGGGGCGGCAGCAGUGGGCACGAUGCCCCCAUGAUUGCCUACGACGCCAUCCUGGCUGCAGGAGACUCCUGGAAGGAGCUUGCCCACCGAGCCUUUUUCCACGGUGGAGAUAGUGAUUCUACGGCUGCCAUUGCUGGCUGCUGGUGGGGAGUUAUGCAUGGUUUUAAAGGAGUGAGUCCCUCCAACUAUGAGAAACUAGAAUACAGAAACCGGCUGGAGGAAGUAGCUAGGGCUUUAUAUUCUCUUGGGUCAAAGGAAGAUACUGUAAUUGCCCUUUAGGGAGAGAGGAUGUUCAUUUCUGGUGGUUUCUUCUCUUGUGUAGUCCCCUUUCUGCUCAGUUUCUUUUCACUUUUUCCAAAGUCAAGAGUCUUAACCUUGUACGUCUUCAGGGAAUUUUGAGGUAACAAGUUCCUGGGGCCCCUGAAACUCAGUCUUCCCAGGCUCAUUCUGUUCUCCCGGAAUCUGUCUGUCUUCCUCCCCUGAAGA